CAGGUGUGUUCGCAAAGGCGCAGCCGUCUAGCUUGACCCACACGUGUUUCCGUAGCUGUGAGAGCAGCCAGCUGUUAGCUAAAAAGCUACCUGAGCGACAGGUACCAGCCGCUGGACCGCAAAUCACCGCACGAGUCCCGCACACACCCGCAGAAAACAAUGACCGUCGCUUUGCUGUAGCUUAGCUUUGUGUGGCGGCUUCAGCUCGUUUCGCGUCAUUAGCUCCGCGACACACGCUUGUUAGCCGGGGGUGGCUAGCUGCUUAGCUAACGUCAAACGCGGAAAAUCGGCUAUCGGUCGCGGGGUUCUUUGUGGAGGAGGAGCUGCUGCUGCUGCUGCGGGCACCGACACACCGACACACCGGCUCAGGCACCAUGAACGUCGCUAAGAGCGGGUAUCGAGUCUUUUCAGCCAACUCGUCCGCAGCCUGCACGGAACUGGCCAAGAAGAUCACAGAGAGGCUGGGAGUGGAGCUGGGGAAGUCUGUCGUCUUUCAGGAGUCUAACAGAGAGACGAGAGUGGAUGUCAAAGAAUCUGUCCGGGGACAAACUAUCUUCAUCAUCCAGACAAUACCAAGAGAUGUCAACACGGCCAUCAUGGAGCUGCUGGUCAUGGCCUACGCCCUCAAGACGUCCUGUGCAAAGAACAUCAUCGGAGUUAUUCCUUACUUCCCCUACAGCAAGCAGUGCAAGAUGAGAAAGAGGGGCUCCAUUGUGUGCAAGCUGUUAGCGUCAAUGUUGGCCAAAGCAGGAUUAACACACAUCAUUACCAUGGACCUGCAUCAGAAGGAGAUCCAAGGCUUCUUCAGCUUUCCGGUGGACAACCUGCGUGCCUCGCCUUUUUUGAUACAGUACAUCCAAGAGGAGAUUCCUGAUUAUCGGAACGCCAUCAUUGUAGCAAAGUCCCCAGCAGCAGCAAAAAGGGCUCAGUCCUACGCAGAGCGCCUGCGUUUGGGUCUGGCUGUGAUUCACGGCGAGGCGCAGUGUUCCGAGUCUGACAUGGCCGAUGGUCGCCACUCGCCACCAAGUGUACGCAACACCACCGGACACACCGGACACACCGGACUGGAGCUACCUUCAGGCAAACAACUGUUCCCCGGCAUAGAGCUCCCAAUGAUGAUGGCCAAGGAGAAACCUCCCAUCACUGUAGUCGGAGACGUGGGGGGGAGAAUUGCCAUCAUUGUGGAUGACAUAAUAGAUGAUGUCGGAGACUUUGUUGCAGCCGCAGAGAUCCUGAAAGAAAGAGGAGCCUAUAAAAUCUUCAUCAUGGCCACACAUGGUUUACUGUCUGCUGAUGCUCCGCGCCUCAUAGAGGAGUCGGCCAUUGAUGAGGUGGUGGUCACCAACACCGUCCCCCAUGAGGUACAGAAGCUGCAGUGUCCCAAAAUCAAGACGGUGGAUGUCAGCAUGAUUCUGGCUGAAGCUAUUCGCCGCAUCCACAACGGAGAGUCCAUGGCCUACUUGUUCCGUAACAUCACUGUGGACGACUAGAGUUCUCAGACGGUGGAGGCUGAGGUGGGUCUGACAGUGACUGAGCGCCGGUGCACUUCUUCCCAGUCCUGUAAAACAAACAUGCUAAUGCCAUGUUCCAUGUGCUCUCUGUUGUCUCAAGGAUCACAUGUGUCCUAAUAAUGUAGAAGGAAAAUGAAAUGUACGAAAAUGCUCCAUGUUAUUUAUCUUUACAAAAGAUGUAAAAAACGUUAAGGAUGAUUUGAGCUUGAAUCUUUCUCGUCAGAUUCUGAAGCCUUGGUUCCUUUACAAUGUUUUGCUGCUGUCAUUGAUUUCCCCAACGUUUAAAAAGAUUUGUUGUCGUACCUCAAUAUUUAAUGAUUUAAAGAGCUUCAUCUGCAGACAUUGAAACAGAUGAGUUCCCGAUGCUCUUGCUAGCCCUCGUGAUCGGGGGUGCUUAGCACUGUGAUUAAAAUGCAUUUAAUGCGAUGUGUUCAGACAACUGGACUCACUCCUGCUCACAAACUACUGAAUAUUUAUUAUGCAGCUUUUUUUUGAAGGAACAUUUGGUAAAAGUUAGAAGUUUGUCGUCAUCUGCAGAAACAAAUGGGCCGUCCGUUUACAUUGUCUUUUAUUAGAUGGUCUGUUCCACUGAGCUAUAACAACUUACCUUUAGCAAUACCUAGCUAACAAUGUGGUUUAGGUUUUGCUUGCAGCUAUUUCAAGAAAUCCUCCUUUGAGAUUCUUGCGAUUACCUUAGUAGAUGUGAAUGGGACUCGGGGGGGGUGUUUAAUUUUAAGAUCUGAAUUUGCUAUUUGAAAAAACCAACCUACCAGCUGUGGGCUAUAGAAAGAAUUUUAUGACCACAAAUGAAAUUCACCUCAGUAUUGUGGUCGCGGCAGACCUAACAGUGAAUGGCUUCAUAUAACAGGCAAUAAAUAGAAGAUGAGUUAUUUCUGAUUGAGUGAACUGAACCUUUUAAUACAUUACAAACUGACUGAACAUAGAACAACAUACUGUACUUAUUAACUGGCUGAAAGGAACAUUAGCCUGGUUUCCAGAGCGGAUCAUGUUUGAAAUUGCACCAACCUGCUUUGCUAUAGUUAUGUAGCAGUUACUGUAUCUGCUAACUGCGAGUUGAAAGUCUGGAGCUGUAGAGUUUGGUUAUAUGCUGCAUCCUUUAAGCCGGCUGCGUUACGCUAUGUGAAAAUAAUACUUUUGGGAGACCAGUUUUGAGUUCCUGAUGAGACUCUCAGCACUUAGAC